AUGAAGAAGAUGGAAAGUAAGAUCUUUUCUUGGAUGGUUGUAGAGGAGGCUGCUGCUGCUGUUGUUGGGUGUCUAAUCUUUGAUACAAAUAUUGGUUUUGGUCUUGUUGGGGCUGUGAGUUUUGGAGAUACUGAUGGUGGACAAGAAAGGGUGGUACUUGUUGAUGAUGAUAGUGAUGCUGUUUGGGUGAUAACUGAUCUUGUUCUUCUUCUUCUUGUCCUUCUACUCCUUCUAUAUGUCUUGAAUUUAGGACUAUGUUUUGAAGUUGGUGAUGGUGGUGGUGAUUCCUUUGAGGAUCCAGACUCAGACCCUUGUGCUUUAUCUGUUCCAGCUUUGAGUGGAGAACUCUUUUCUUUAAUGGGUGGGGGUUGUCUCUUUACUACUCUCUCUAAUUUGCUGCUUCCUAGUCUCUUCUUGUUGCUUGUGCAACUGCUGUUGCCACCACUCUGA